AGAGCAAGGGCGGGGCUCUUCACCGGGUCCGGCAGCUGAAGCUCGGCUCUUGGGUUACCCCUGCAGCGACGCCCCCUGGUCCCGCCGCCGUCGCCACCGCCGCUCCCGCCCCUCAGCUCCUCGGCCGCGCCAUGGGCACCCGCGACGACGAGUACGACUACCUCUUUAAAGUUGUCCUUAUUGGAGAUUCUGGUGUUGGAAAGAGUAAUCUCCUGUCUCGAUUUACUCGGAAUGAGUUCAAUCUGGAAAGCAAGAGUACCAUUGGAGUAGAGUUUGCAACAAGAAGCAUCCAGGUUGAUGGGAAAACAAUAAAGGCACAGAUAUGGGACACGGCAGGGCAAGAGCGGUACAGGGCUAUAACAUCUGCAUACUAUCGUGGAGCAGUAGGUGCCUUAUUGGUUUAUGACAUUGCUAAGCAUCUCACAUAUGAAAAUGUAGAGCGAUGGCUGAAAGAACUGAGAGAUCAUGCUGAUAGCAACAUUGUUAUCAUGCUUGUGGGCAAUAAGAGUGAUUUACGCCAUCUCAGGGCAGUUCCUACAGAUGAAGCAAGAGCUUUUGCAGAGAAGAAUGGUUUGUCGUUCAUUGAGACAUCUGCUCUAGAUUCUACAAACGUCGAAGCUGCUUUUCAGACAAUUCUAACAGAGAUAUACCGUAUUGUUUCUCAGAAGCAAAUGUCAGACAGACGUGAAAAUGACAUGUCUCCAAGCAACAAUGUGGUUCCUAUUCAUGUUCCACCUACCACUGAAAACAAGCCAAAGGUGCAGUGCUGUCAGAACAUCUAAGGCGUCUCUCUUCCCCUAGAAGGCUGUGUAUAGUCCAUUUCCCAGGUCUGAGAUUUAAAUAUAUUUGUAAUUCUUGUGGUCACUUUCUGUGUUUUAUUACUUCCUCACACUUAAGAAUCUUCUCAUGUCUUAAGUCUUUUAAUUUUGGCUUUAUAAAAUCAUCAACUUUGUCCUGAAUGACUGCAGUUCUUUUUCAUGCUAUGGCUUCUGUAGCCUUAGUUUAAUAAACUGAAUGUUUGAAUUCCUCA